AUGCCGGGCGACGACAAAUUCGCCGAGGCCGUCCGCCCAGCGUUAGAAGCCCUGCUCUCGGAUCUGCAGCACACUACCGAGGUUUUGCGGCGGGCAAAUUUGAGUGAUAGGUAUGGCGGCUCUCAGGACAUCGAACCCAUCUACCAGGAACAGCAGAGAAGGGAUGAACCCUCGAAUAGUUUGAGCCCGGGCCCGUCGAGCGCCAAUCGAAACUCGGAGCCGCGGCUCCGAUUCUCCCCAAACACCUCGGUGCACACUUACUCGGAUGCUGAGCGGAUUUCGUAUGCCGACGUCGAUUCGGACUACGCGAACGCGUCCCCCCACCCGUCGUCGCCGAACCCGCAGAAAGAUCGCAUCGCCCGGCCGGCAGUGCAAACCCUCCUCUCCCAGCUCGACGACGCAUGCUCGAAGCAGAACCUCGGCGCCAACUCCUACAACGAUGUGCGCCGCUCCCCUUCUCAGGAUCCGUCGAACGUCAAUUCGAUGAUUGGAACGAUGAGAUCGGAUUACUCGGCUCAGCAUGGAGUCAACACAAUCCCGAAAGGAGACUGUGCCGGCUGCACGAAGCCCAUCAUCGGCCAGGUGGUGAUCGCUCUCGGCAGAAUGUGGCAUCCGGAGCACUUCAACUGCUGCGAGUGCAACGAUGAGCUCGGGCAUAGGAAUUUCUUCGAGCGCAACGGCAAGGCCUACUGCGAGGACGACUACCACAACGCCUUCUCCCCCCGCUGCUUCCAGUGCAAUCAGGCCAUCCGUGAUCGCUGCGUGACGGCGAUGGGCAAGAAUUUCCAUAUGCAGUGCUUCGUCUGCGUCGAGUGUGGGCGUGAAUUUGGGGAUGAGGGCUUCCAUGAGAGGGACGGCCGCGCAUACUGCCGCCGUGACUUCUUCCGCCUGUUCGCCCCCAAGUGCAACGGUUGCCAGAACCCAAUCACGAACAACUUCAUCACGGCUCUCGGCACCCACUGGCAUCCCGACUGCUUCGUCUGCCAGAUGUGCGGAACGAAUUUCGACGCGGGCAGCUUCUUUGACCUGCAAGGAGUGCCACUGUGCGAGCAGCACUACCACGAGAAGAGGGGCAGCUUGUGCUCUGUUUGUCGUCAGCCCAUUAGCGGCCGUUGCGUCUCAGCAAUGGGCCUCAAAUUCCACCCUGAACACUUCCGGUGCUCAUUCUGCGCCCAUCAGCUCACCAAGGGCACCUUCAAAGAGGUCAACCGAAAGCCCUACUGCCACAAAUGCUACAACAACACCCAUGCCCUCACG